AUGGGUCGCGACAAUUUUCCAACGCUGCGACGGCUUAUCAAUAACGUGAACCGUUUCAACAGCGCCUUCCGCGGGCAGAGCUACGAAAAUGUGGUGACGGCCCUGAAUCGAUACUACAGUCAGAGAGCUGGCUUUACCUUUAAUCCAGCUACUCCGAUCACUACGGCAGCCCUGCACAACGAGAUUCGAGCGAAUAGCCGAAUUACGAGUGGAUUGUUUGAAGCGGAUAUGAUGUUGACUAUGGCCCAGCUAAACCAAAUCAUCAGCAACCGCCGCCGUAGAAAGGUAACGUCGGAUCUCGGAAAAAGAUGGACCACCACGAUCGCCUAUCGUUUUGGCGAUACCGAUGGAACCUGGCAAAACACUAUCCGAGCCGCGCUACGACUCUACCAGACCAACACCUGCAUCAGAUUCUGGGAAAACGGGAAUGCCGGCGAUUUCCUGAUUUUUAAUAAGGGGGAUGGAUGUUAUUCUGGUGUCGGAAAGCUUGGCGGCCAACAAGAAAUCUCACUGGGAAGUGGCUGCGAAACGCUGGGAAUCGCUGCCCAUGAAAUUGGCCACAGCCUAGGAUUAUAUCACGAGCAGUCCCGACCGGAACGCGAUACAUAUAUCAGGGUCAACUUUCAAAAUAUCGCCUCCGGCUACACCGGCUCUUUUGACAAGCGAUCUCCUGCACUUUCUCAGUCCCUCGGAAUCCCAUACGACUACGGUAGCGUCAUGCACUACGCUAUUAAUUCGUUCUCGAAAUCCUUUGGCUCCGACACGAUCACCCCAUUGCGAUCGCAAUUUUCAUACACCAUCGGAAACCGAGUGGAACCGGCUUUCUACGACUACAAGGCGGUCAAUUUGAUGUAUUGCUCAAGGUCUUGCGGCGCUUCCCUACCCUGCCAAAAUGAGGGCUACACCAACCCGAGUACCUGCAAUUCCUUUGGCGUAUUCAAG